AUGAACCUGGAUGGGCUGGAGAUGGUCGCCGUGCUUGUGGUCCUCGCUCUGUUUGUCAAGGUCCUGGAGCAGUUUGGCCUCUUUGAGCCUGUCUCCUUGGAAGACAGCGUGGAGGAUGAGUUUGAGCUGGCAACCGUGUGUCACCGGCCCGAGGGUCUGGAUCAGCUGCAAGAGCAAACCAAGUUCACUCGCAAAGAAUUGCAGGUCCUGUAUCGAGGCUUCAAGAACGAAUGUCCCAGUGGAAUUGUCAAUGAGGAGAACUUCAAGCAGAUUUACUCCCAGUUCUUUCCUCAAGGAGACUCUAGCACAUAUGCCACUUUUCUCUUCAAUGCCUUUGACACCAACCAUGAUGGCUCAGUCAAUUUUGAGGACUUUGUGGCUGGUCUGUCAGUGAUUCUUCGGGGAAGCAUCGAUGACAGGCUGAACUGGGCCUUCAACCUGUACGACCUCAACAAGGACGGCUGCAUCACCAAGGAGGAAAUGCUUGAUAUCAUGAAGUCCAUCUAUGACAUGAUGGGCAAGUAUACGUAUCCUGCACUCCGGGAGGAGGCCCCAAGGGAACAUGUGGAGAGCUUCUUCCAGAAGAUGGACAGGAAUAAGGAUGGCGUGGUGACCAUUGAGGAAUUCAUUGAAUCUUGUCAAAAGGAUGAGAAUAUCAUGAGGUCCAUGCAGCUCUUUGACAAUGUCAUCUAG